CAGAAAUAACGCAAGCAAGCCUGGAGCCUGGCCCCCUCGGAACAGUUGCACGAACUGCUGGGACCCUGGAUCUCUGCGGUUAGCUGCAUUGUUGGAGCCCUGUCAAAAAUUCACGGGAAGGCUUAGUUCCCGCUAGAUCUGCCAGAAUCCGGGGAAUAAACACUCACUGUCACUAUCGACGUGACAGCUUCCAGGAAGUUGGAACCGAUUUCGAGCCAGGUUUUCCACCCAUUUCAUCGCCAUUUCAUUGGCUCGAUCCCUUCCUUACAAUCCUACGAAUGAGAAUCGAUCAGAUCUGACACCCCUCGACGAGGAAAUGCGGCGCAUAUCAAGGGACUUGGCGCACUCCUGCAAGGCAUCGGGUAUCAUUCCCCACACCCCCCCCCCCCAACUAUGAAGUUCGAGUCCUUCCUGCUUCUUGCCUGCCGCUCGGCAUUUGCUCACAACGCUCGGGAAAUAGGCCGUGCGAAGAGGCUCCCGACGACAAAGUCCAGCAUCACACAGCAUGGAAGAUACAUCUGUACCACCCGUACCACCCGUACCACCCAUACCACCCCUACCACCCGUCUCCCGCGGCCAUUUGAGCGCGCCGUUGGGUGUAACCGAAGGUACUUUAUGCUGCGAUGGAGGCUUCUAUACGGCAUCUGGAAGAGAUAGGAAUACGCCAUUACUAACAAAAUCAAGUUCUAUCUCGCCUCAAACUCAAAAAUAUGGAAGUUUGCAAACGGGUCUCGCCGAACUUGAUCUGAAACGGGUUGAAAGGUGUGGGAUGGGAGGUCGCCGUCCUUUUUCACACAGUGCUGGUGGUGUCCAGAGCUGCUUCGGAAAGCUUUGGCCCUUUUUCCGAGCAGAUAUUCCAACACCGACAAAACAGUUUUGUAUGGCUGCGAGAGACCCGAUUGGGGAUGCCUCAGAGACUGUCCCCCACGUGGAGCUAGCCCUAGUUUUGAGGGUGUGAAGGGAGCAAAUGUCCCGGGAUCACGAUCGACCUCUUGCAUGGAAUUACUUCAGAGUUGGUAGACGCUGGGCUGAGGGGCUACAAGUCGAGUACUCAAGCAUGGACUCGGUCUCUCUGACAUCUCGUUGGUUGACAGUGCAGAUGGGCGACAGCUGGCUGCAAUUCAGCAGGCCGAGAUGGAUCUUCCUGUACCUGUUACAGGUAUAAAGAUGAGAGCUUUUCUCUGAUGCUGCCCAGUCUUCGGUCGUCCUGUCGAGCUUUCAUCUACAUCCUGAUCUCUACAAACAUACCUUUUAGGGUUUGACUCGAGAACAAUGGUCGACACGAGUGCAUAUCCCGUCCCUCCACUCGCCGGGGACACCCACGGAUACUGGUUGGAAACACGGCCUCAUGAUGAGUCUCUAGACCCUAGGAAUGUCGUGGAUUUCCCCCGUCCCUUGAAUCUUCCGGCUGAUCUUAGCGUUCUCACCGCCGGAACUUCCGACUACGCUGGUUCGUACAUCAUCUGGCCUCCCGGCCAUCCCAACUCUCCCACGUCCUGGUAUGACUGGGUCGCGAGGGAGCAUGACUGCUACGAAUGCCGGCGCAAUUCACUCGGAAGUCAUGGUCAACAACCCGAAAGCACCCAACAGCCUCCCCAGGGCACUAUGGCACCGUUCAUGGAGAUGCUUCACCCGUCGUUCUUCGCUUCCCAGCCGGAUGCCUUUUCAAUCAUCCACGCCCCGUUCCCCGAGACAACAUACUCCUCUCCAGCUGUUCAGAACAAUAUCGGUGGAAUAGUCUCCCAGCUGCCCCGUCCGCAACAACACCCACCUCCAGAGGUUCAAGCACUGCCCGUAGCAGCUUUCUUCCAGCCAUCGGCUCCUGACUACAGCCACCAAGCCUUCCAGCCAACGCGACACAACCCGGCUCAGCAGCACUACCAACCUCACACCAUUGCAGACAUGCAGCAGGUAGUUACACCCCAACAUGACAGUUUGGCCAGCAUCGAUAUCAACCCUCACCCAGACCCCCACUACCCAACCGCCACCCCGUUCAACUCUCCCACCACCACCACCGUCACCACAGACCCCUUUCUCUCCGACCUCCUCCCAACCCCAGUCCCCAUCUCUCUCGACAACAACGCCCCCCAACAACCCGUACCGAGCCCCCCUAUAACCCACGCCCGCCGAACUACCCUCCCCAACGCGGAGGAACGCUACCAGUGCGCCCAUCUCCUCCCCUCCGGCCAGGUCUGCAGCGCCGAGUUCCCCCGCCACUGGGAACUAGACCGCCACAUCGACACGCUCCACUUCAAGUCCACGCGCACCACCUGCCACGACUGCAAGCCCUCACAGACGUACAGCCGACCCGACUGCUGGCGCCGCCACUGGAGGAGGACGCACGCGGUGAGAUUUAUCGAGGAGAGGGGGGAUCGGUUUUUCGUGGGGUUGCUGGAGCGGCAACAAGAACGGGCUGGUGACGGACAAGGAGGAACGGGGCAGCAAAAGGGGGAGGUGGCGUCGACGAGGAAGAAGGUGAGGAGGUAUGGUAAUGGGCUGCGGUGGGUGACGAUAAUGGGGGGCGAUGAUGGCGGGUUGAGCGAAGAGGAGGAGAUUGCGUUGGACGUGUGGGAGGCGAUGAAGAAGAACGGGAGGCAGGGGCCGUUGUUUGAGGAGAGGAAGAGGGCUAUGAGGUGGUACAUGAGGGAGGGGAGGAGCUGAUUCCGGGAUGGGUAGACUUGGGUUUUGGGACAGGUACCUGAUAGAUGUGAUGCCCCGCAGAAACAAAGCUGCUAGGCUCUUGUUGGCGUUUAAAUAUCAGGCUUUUGUUUUGCGCACCCUCUC